UCUCUCUCACACACACACACUCUCACACACACAGGGAGAGAAACACAGAAAGAAACUAACUUUAUAGAGUAUUCAUUGGAAUAUACACCGAUCAGCGACAAACAAGGUAAAGUAAUUCCCCUGAUAAAGGUGAUAAAGAAAACCCAAUAAAAAAGCAAAACUAAAGCAACCUUCCCCUCGGACCCUCCCUCUGUCUCUCUGUCUCUCUCUCUCUCACACACACACACACACACAUCUCUCUCUCUCUGUAGCCUUACCUAUCUGUCUUUUCUGUCUUCUACUGUAAACAUGGAGAUCUGGGUUGCUUUCUUUCUUUCUUUCUUUCUUUCUCCCUGUAGAAGAAUUAACUACUCUUUGGAUCUCCAUACCUUCUUACAGUAAAUCUUAACCCUCUAACUCUUCUCUCUCUAACUCUCUCUCUCCCUCUAGACCCACCAAUACAAAAGAAAGAUACCAUUUAAAAACCCUUUGAACUGUUUAUUUAUCACUAUAUCCUGUUCCAAAAAAGAAAAAAGGAAAAAAGAAAAGCCCCCCCUCUCUCUCUACUCUCUUUCUCUCUCUAAUUCUUCCUUUUUAAACCCCCAACCAACCCACGCUCACAGACACACGCACAAGAAAGAACAACAAAGAAAGAGAACCCAUUUUAGAAAACUCUGAGGAGAAGUCAAUCUCCAAGAUUCCAACACUUGUUCAUUCAAAUCCCAAUGGAUGAUUUCAGAAGAAAUCAUGUUCCAGCUUUCGGAAGCUGGGAUUGCUCCGACGACCUCCCUUUCACUCAGUGUUUUGAAUCCGCCAGACAAGCCGGUUUGCUUCGCUACAGCUACUCCGAAGAUCGUGAUCUGUACGUCGCCGGAGAUUUGUACGAGAAUGAUGUCGUCACUCCGGCCAUGAUCGUCGUUCCUCGCCGGAGGGCGAAAGGACGGCAUAGGGAGCAUGUGAAAGAAGGUAAAAAGGAAGGGUGGGUGGUGAAAGAGCCACCAAGUCCUGUUUCAAUGUCACCACCACCACCACCACCUCCUCCUCCUCUGCCUAAAAAGGCUCCUAAAGCUGUGGAUGAGGAUCUCUACAAGAUCUCACCGGACCUCCUCUAUGCUAAAACAAAAAGGAAGAGGGUUUGGUGCUUCUUUUCAAGCUGCUAUCUGCCAACCUGUGCCACAUAAACAUGGUGAAGCUUUUAGGAUUAUGUGCAUCUAUGGAGAAGGAGAAGACUAUAUAUAUAUAAAUAUAUAUACAUAUUAUUAUAUUAAUAGAGACAUGUACGUAUUGGUGUUGAUGUACUUUGUCUUCUGCUAGAGGCUAAGAAAGAAAUUGUUGGCCUCAAGAAGAUAUAAAUCAUCAUUAUCAUAUGAUAAUGAUAACAAACUCUUCUUGCUAACGGUUUUAUUUCUUUUCUAGUUGUCUUUUGGGCUUCUGUUUCGAGUAUCGGCCUGUAUUGGGUCAAAAGUAGGGACUGGGGAGAGAAUUAACAGUGUCGGAAUUUGGGCUAGCUAGAAGAAAGGCUGUGUCUGUAAAAAGAGAAAGGGUGGGUUCCUUAUGUUCAAAUCA